UCAGUAGUAAACAAAUCAAGAACGAUUCUCAUCAAAAAUUAAAUUUUUAACAUGGAACAAGACGAUUUUAGCAUGAUGUCUGGCAAUGGAGACGAAGUUGACUUAGCCAAAGAUCUCAGUAUCACUCCUGAACCCGAAGAUUUGGAAAAUUUCUCACAGAGCGACAAUGAAACACAAACCCCGCAAAAAGAAGACUCACCUCCGCCAAACAACGACUUCGAUGACGAUUUUGCACUGCCAGAUUCACUAACUGCCGCUUCUUCGUAUCAUCAUCAAAACAGUAACGGAGACAGCACACCCGGCGGUGGAUCCGACAAAGAAGGCUCCUCCAAAGAAAAACGUCAAAAACGCGAACAAAAAAGUCGAAAAGAGCUCGAGGAAGAAGAACGCGAGAAAAUGCAAGUUCUCGUCUCGAAUUUCACGGAAGAACAACUCGAUCGGUAUGAAAUGUAUCGUCGUGCCGCAUUCCCAAAGGCAGCUGUGAAGCGUCUCAUGCAAACAAUUACGGGAUGUUCCGUGUCACAAAAUGUCGUUAUUGCGAUGAGUGGUAUUGCAAAAGUCUUUGCCGGCGAAAUAAUUGAAGAAGCUUUGGAUGUGAUGGAAGAAGCUGGCGAAUCAGGGCCUUUGCAACCGAAGCAUUUAAGAGAAGCAGUUAGACGACUGAGAUCCUCAAAUCAAAUUCCCGUGGGGAAAUACAACAAACCGUUCUUCAAAAAUAACUGAUAAAGGCUUUUGGGUGAUUUUUGCUGCUUUUGAAAGUCAUCCACGGAACCAUCGAGUUUCGAAAAAAUAUUUUUAGAAAUUAGGACGAAUAAAAAUAAUUUUAUUUUGUUAAAUUAA